AUGUCUGGACAAGCUUUCGAACCCAAAAACAUGAUCUUCAGGCAACUCGGUAACACCGGUCUCCGAGUUCCUGUAUUCUCUUACGGAGGAUGGUUGACUGUCGGAUAUGACCAGAAAGGUGAUAUCGUCAAAGAGUUGAUGCAAACUGCUUUCGACGCAGGUAUCAACAUGUUCGAUAGCGCCGAAGCUUACGCUAGCGGUGAAUCUGAAGUCGAAAUGGGCCGAGUGAUUAAGGAGCUCAACUGGAACAGAAGUGAUAUCAUCGUUACCACCAAGAUUUUCUUCGGUGUCGGAAGAAAAGAAAGACACAACACUCGAGGUUUAAGCAGAAAGCACAUCGUUGAAGGUCUUAACGACUCCCUCAAGAGACUUCAACUUGACUACGUUGACAUCGUCUUUGCUCAUCGACCUGAUCCUACUGUACCAAUGGAAGAGACCGUUCGAGCUUUCAACUAUCUUAUUGAUAAUGGCAAGGCCUUUUACUGGGGAACAUCUGAAUGGUCAGCUAUGCAAAUUCAACAAGCUCACGAAAUCGCUAGAAGACUCAAUAUGGUUGGUCCAGCAGCUGAACAACCUCAUUACUCAAUGUUCCACAGAGAAAGAUUUGAGAAUGAAUACGAACCCCUAUGGAGAUACGAGAAUUACGGUAGUACCAUUUGGUCCCCGCUUGAUUCAGGUCUAUUAACCGGAAAAUACAACAAUGGUAUUCCAGAAGGUUCAAGAUAUCAUUCAAACCUUAACGGUGCAAUGGACGAAAAUGUCAAACAUCUUACUUCACCUGAAGGUAAAGCCAAGAUCGAAAAAGUCAAGGAACUCACUGCGUUAGCUGAGAAAUUAGGUGGUAGUAUGACUAGUCUGGCUUUGGCUUGGACUUUACACCAUAAAGGUGUUUCAACUUGUAUUCUCGGUGCUACUAAGCCCGAACAAAUCACCGAAAACGUCAAAGCUCUUGAUAUCUACCCCAAACUCACUCCUGAUGUUCUGGCCGAAAUCGAGAAGAUUCUCGAUAACAAACCUACUCCAACCGCCACCUUUGGCCGAAGAGCUGAUGAUGGCCAAUUAAGCUAG